AUGGCAGAACACCUGAUUGGUCUAAUCCACGAUCUCCAACCUAAUUGUGAAACCUAUGAUUCCGCUUUUGCUCUGAAUAAGAAAAGUCAUAAGAAGCCCUCAUCUUACCGUGUUAAUCGAGCUCUUGAUGCCUUGGCCGAUGUCCUUGUGUCGGAGGAAUCGGAAGUGUUUGCCGUUGCGGCGCGCAUGGCUCCUGAUAAACUCACCCUCACCAUAGCAUCAAAUGCUAACGUGAAGGAGAGGACCAUAAAGCAUAUCCAGCGUAUAUGGGAAUAUCUAAGCGCCCUUGGAGAUGAAUAUGCUCGCAUGCAACGACAGCAAAAGUGCUCUCUGACUCGUGAUGGCGAUUAUGAUGAUGAGGAGGAGGAGGAGGAGGAGGAGGAGGAUGAGGAUGCCCCCCCUCCAAAGCUACAGGAGAUGUUCGAGGCCCAGAGGUUGAUAGCCGAGGAUUUCAAGCGAUACAUGUAUGAACACUCUUUGCAAAAGCUACUACAGCGUCUACAUGGAGGGUCGCCAGAGAGAACUGGAUUUGAGUCUCUCAAGCUCGUCAAAGAUAACAAACUACUCUCAAAAAAAUCACAGCAAUCACUAGAUAAAAUUGUCGAAGUUCUCAAUUCCGUGUUCGAACUUUUUGCUGCCUCGUCCAACGAACUACCUAAAGGGGAAGAUUUCGGUGAUUUCUCUCUUGAUAUUGACUUGAUUGAUGCUUUAGUCCAUGAGAUGUUUGACGACUGUAUUGGAGAACUUCAUCAUCUGGACUCUUUAUCCAAUACGCAAACAACUCGCUACCUCAAGGAAGUCACCUCUCUUACGAGCUCCAUUGGCAUUUUACUUAUGUACGCAAUCUCUCCGCAUCUACGCUCUCGUUUCCUUUGCGGGAAACAUUUGGGGAUUGAAUAUGUACCAAGCAAACAAUGCAACCUCGAACUCCCUUCAACGCCUGAGGAUUAUAAGCCAAUUGCGAAGUCGGCACUCACAUCUCAAAGAUCAUAUUGGAACAAUGAAGGAAAGUCUAGAGACCACAUAAUGCAGUACUACCACGCGAAUCCGAACAGCACGCCAGUCGUCCCCGCACUUGUGCACUGCGAAUGUGCCCUCAUAUCAUAUCUUCUAAAAGGAGAUAUUUCGCCUCCUCCGUUCUCCUACAUCGGAACUUCAGAGCUUUCGUGUUUGCCCUGCUGGAAGUUUCUCAAGUGCCUCCGUGAGGACCUCAACAUCAACUAUCAAGUCCGGGGAACACACAACGAAAGCCAUUGGCCAUGGAAGUAUCCAGAGACCACGGGGGCACUUUAUCCGGAUCAGGCCAAGAAAGUUCAGGAUUCUUUCUAUAGGGAAAUCGCACAUCGAUAUACAGAAUGUGCCUUGAGAAUUCGCCAGGAGGAAGAAUGA